GACGCAAUCGGGCAAAGCGGCGAGCGUAGCGCGUCGGCACGCCGCGGCGACCAGUCACCAGACCGUGCAAUCCACGCGUACGUUCGUCUUCCGGUACCGCGACACCGGUGCAAUCGGCCGCAGCAAUCACCGCGAUGGAGGACAGCUACACGGUGCACAGACGCCGCAAAGCGGCGGCGAGAAGGCGCGAGAAGACGCCCGACCCGUCCUCGAGGAACCAGCAGCUGGUCGAGACGUCGGACGACGAGGAGGAGGCGAGGCGCGCACGAAUGGAGAAGAUGGCGGACGACGCCGAGAGAGCGGAGCAAGAGGCCAGACCGAACACGGAAGAAACCGUGGCGAGGAAAGAGAAGAGGAGCCCGUCCAAGUUGGCCAGCGCCGCGGACGAGGGGGCUUCCGUUUCGAGCGGCUCGCAAGCACGUGAUAACGACGCCCGAGACGAGGCUGCGCGGCCGGUAAGGAAGGAACCGAAACUGGGGGACACCAAGAACGAGGGUGCGCCGGGGGAGAAGCUCGAGGUGGGCCCGGCCAGAACCAAGGAGACAGAAGGGGACGGAACGACCGACCGUAGGAAACUGGAGAGACGACCGAAGAAGAAGUCGAGGGAGAGGGUUGGCCGGUUCAGUCAGUCCACCGACUCCAGCGACGCGGACGAGAAACUGGAGAAGCAUCAAAGGAGGACCAAGUCGCCCGAAGGCGGAAAAGUCGGUGUGAAAAAGAGCACCGCGAAGAGGAUCGUCGGUGACCUCGAUGCUGCCAAGAAAGACGGCGUCGAGAGACCGCCUAGGGAAAAGAGGUCGAGCAAACAGAGGCUCGAGGAAACGGACGGGCAACCGAGACCGGAGAGGAGACGGUCCAUCAGGCACAGCCAGACCGACGACACCGACGAGGAUCCGAAAAUGAGGAAGAGCGAGAGUUUCCCGGUGCAGGCGACCGAGGAGCUGCCCAUCAAGAGAUCCGCCUCCGAUUUCAAGAAACAGAUCAUUCCCCUGAGCAACGAGUCUCUCAUAGAAGAUUUUGCCAAGGCUCAGAGAGAAUACCUGAGAAGAGAGCAGAGUAUUCUGGACCCGGACACGCCUGACGUUUUCGAGGACGCUCGGGAGGAGUCGACGCUCAGACGAAGGAAGUUCAGCGUGCCCCUCGCGGACACCGAGCAGGAAAGCAUCGAAAAGUCCAUCGAGACGUCCGGGAAGCUCGAGAAGAGAUCCUGGUUCCGUUGGUUGCCCUUCUUCCGCAAGAAAACCGUAGAGCUCGAGGUGCAACCGGUGACAACGGAGCCGGACCCUCCAGAGAAGGUCACCAUCCUGGACUUCCUGAAAGCUCUGAAGGACGUGGUCUCGGAAUUCAAAGCUUUCGUGUCGCAGAACCCUAGGGAGACUAGGAUCAUGAGAAGCCUCAGGAACCGUUGCUUGUCGGAGCUGAUGCUGGUGAUGAUAUAUUGCGGUCUGGGUGCCUUUAUCUUCCGGUUCACCGAGGGGGCCUUCGAGGCCUUCUACAAGUGCGGGGUCAAGAGAGUCAAGCGGGACUUUCUGGACAGUUUGUGGAACUACAGUCACAACCUGAGGGAGGACGAUUGGAAAAGCAUGGCGCGGAAGAAGCUGAUGGAGUUCGAGGAACAGUUGCAUACCGCUCACGAGGCGGGCGUGCAGACGUACAGCGGCCAGAGAAGCUGGUCCUUCCUCAACGCCGUCCUCUACUGCUUGACCGUUAUUACGACCAUCGGAUACGGGCACAUUUCGCCCAGUACCAGCACCGGAAGGGCCAUUACCAUUGUUUACGCGAUCUUCGGGAUCCCGAUGUUCCUGAUAAUACUGGCUGACUUCGGCAAACUGUUCACCCGCGGUAUAAAGUUCCUCUGGGCGUUCGUCAGAAGGCUGUACUACACAGGAAGCUGCCGCAAAGUCCGUCGAACUGUACCUGUACAGGAAGUGAUGAAGGGCGUCCAACUGGUGUACGACCUGGCAACGUUCAAGAGGCCGUCGCAAAUAAAUCCGGAGGAUAUCGAGGAGAUGCAGAAACAAGCGCAACAGUCCCAAACGGUCCUGAACUUGGACGGGAACGUUCCUGACACGCCUGGCACGCCAGCUAUGUCGGCCUUCGCCGUCGACGACGAGUUCAAUCUGCCCAUCUCUUUGGCCAUCUUCAUCCUCCUCAGCUACAUCUUCAUCGGCGCCACGCUGUUCUGCCUGUCGGAGGGCUGGGGCUUCUUCGAGAGCUUCUACUUCGUCUUCAUCUCCAUGAGCACUAUCGGCUUCGGCGAUUACGUGCCAAAGCAUCCCAUAUACAUGAUGUGUUCGAUAAUAUACCUGGUGUUCGGGCUGGCACUCACGUCCAUGUGCAUCAACGUCGUACAGGUGAUGCUGUCGGACUCGUUCAGGCAGGCAAGCCAGAAAAUUGGCGCUACGAUCGGUUUCGAGAUCGCGGAGGAUGAUGGAUCCGUGCACCCAGCGGCACCGCCGCCGGUCGAGGUGGCGGACGUCCACGCCGUUGUAAAAGAGUCCGAGAGCGACGAGAAGAUCGCGCCCAAAGCUAAGCAAGAGGACGUCGAUUUGUAAGACGAGCCGCCAUUACGUUUCCGCUGGAUCCAUCGCGACGUUCGCGCAACGAGAACAAACGAUAGCGCCCGUGGUUGGCCUUAAAAUGUAAUCGUCCUAAAAUCGUAAUCGCUUAACGGAACACGCGUGUCGAAAUCGCGCCAGUUACCAACGUAUGGAAGAGGAUCGAGAUCGGUGACUGAAUUUCGGCAACGUUUGCGUGGCCAUUUUGCUCGAAAAAGAAAAAAGAAAAAAAAAAACGGCUGUUCGAGUGUUCAUACACCUCGUGGGAAGCAUAAAGGAAACAUCUCGCGACUCUCGCGCGUCGAACGAACCAACGAUCGCCGAGAGUUUCGUAACUCGGCCGAUACGUGGCACCGUAGUCGCUACAAACGCACCUAACUACGAAUUCCUUCGUGUCCGGUAUGAAACCACCUUUGGAGCGUCUCGCUAGCAAGACCAUUUAAAUUGAUAAUAAAAAUCGUACAGAUUUUGUUACAUAUAUAACGGUUUCUGGUAAAAAGAAUCCCAGGGAAUUAAACUCGCGUCAAGCUUACGCUUAUACUUCGUCGUAAUUAUUCAAGCGAACGACAUUGCACACGAACAAUCAAUUUGCACCGAAGCAUAGGGAGCUAUCGAAUACGAGCUCGUAUCUUAACGAAGCAAAAGAGCAUCCUCUUUGGAUCGACGACAAGAAAGAAAAUGCAGUACUGCCCUCUAUACUCGCGAUUAAAUCAAAUUACAUAUUAUACUACAGUCCCGAUGGCUUUCCCCGAGUUCCAACGCCGCGUGUUAAAAUCGAAAUUUAGUUUCUCCUUUGGGCUCCUCGAACGGACGACCAUUCAAGCUGAAACAACGUGAACAGUGGCCGGGGAUGAUUCAGAUUUAUGCAAUAAGCGUGGCAGUACUGUACCGCGACUCCGCAUAUACUCUCGGCCAAACGCCUGCGGGCCAGAUCUUGCGAUUUAUUUCUCGUAGCCUAGUGUCUAUCGACAAUAAACCUACCGAAACUCGUAUUUUGUAUAUUUUCUAGAUUACCGUGUUUGCUGUCCGAGCUAUCGUUUAAUGUUUUCUUUUUAAGUUCCUUUUAUAUCGAGUAUCGUUGGCCUAUAGCUUUCGGCCUAUACCAGUGUUUUCCAAAGCUGGGGGCUUUUCGUCUUACGAUACAAAAGGGGUAGGAGACCAGUGGGUCGGGGAAGUUUGUAAUAUAUAAAGAUGCGAAUAACUUAAAAUUUCUUUCUAUUAACCCUGAUCCUACCGGUAUACUGUAGGUAAAUUUAUAUAUUAAUGAUAUUUUGUGUAUUAUUAAAUUACGGAAUACAUAAAAUACCAUUGCUAUGUAACUUUUCUUGCAAACUCUGUAGUAACUUAAAUUUGCCACGUAAUCUAGGGUCACGAACAAAAUGUGUCCAAUCUAUUUUCAAGUCCUUCGAGAUUUGUCAAGCUUUUAGUCUAUAAUUUAAACCUAGAGUGCCUGUGAAAGAUUAAUACAUUGGUCAUAAAAAUUUAUUAUUUUAAACUACUUAUUUUCAUCAAAUUUUUAAAGCUUCUACGCCUUCUCCAAAGUUUAGAAGCCACUAGACUAUAAGUUCUGUGCGAAUGUGUUUCGUCUAUAAACGCGCGAUUUCAUUGUUUACAUAACCCCCCCCCCCCCCAACAGUUGCAUUCGAGA